UAAACUCUCCUCCUGGAUGAGCUCUUUAAAAUAUUUUUUCAUCUUGUUGCUGGAGCUUGGGAGUUGAGUUACUUUUCUUUUUUUCAAGGGGAAAAAAACCUGCUUGUUAUUUUGGGUCAUACCAUUGACCCCAGACAGUAUUAUUUUCCAAGGGUUUUUUUCUUUCGCUUUUUCUAAAGAAGUAGUAAUAGUUACUUACCUCCUCUCUCUUUUUUUUUCCUUCUCCCCCUCCCCUGAUGGUGAAACUGUCUCUCUCUUCGUUUUUUGCACCGGGCAUGAAAAAAAGAGAGAAAGCAGUCCAGAAGGAAAGAGACCCUGAAGUGUUGAGAAAGAAAGAAAUCCAAACAACCGUUGCAAACAACAACUUAUAAAGCAACCUUUUUCUCUGCAAAGCUGCAGAGCACAGAGAGAGAGAGAGAGCGCACAGGGGAGAGAGGGGGAGGGAGGCGAGGGGGAGAGAGAGAGCGCGAAGGGGGUGAGAGCGAGAGAAAAGCCAAAGCAAUCCAGCGCAGCCUGAUGCAAAAGGCGACGAAGUAGAGCCAGAAGAGCGAGCGAGCGAGGCAGCCGCCUGCGGUCCGCCGGCUGCACCCGCGUGGCUCUUCUUCGCGAAGGGAAGCUCGCUGCAGCUUGGAGGAGCCCAGCCUUGCCAAAGCGGGAGAGAGCGGCAGGCAGGCAAGCAGGCGCGGGGGGAGCGCGCGAGCGAGAGAGCGCGAGCCGCGCAGGCACCCCGAGAGCAGCGGCGCCGAGCUCUUGCAAAGCUUCAAACUGGCUCACCCGCUCGCAAGUCAGAGCAGCCCCCUCGCUCCGGGAGUGCACCCUUUCUGGAGGACUGGCGGCGGCGGCGGCGGCGGCACCCCCAGCAAAAGGAUGGCAUCCGAGCUGGCCCUGAACAGCUCCGACCUGCCCACCAGUCCCUUGGCCAUGGAAUAUGUUAAUGACUUCGAUCUGAUGAAGUUUGAAGUGAAAAAGGAGCCGGUGGAGACCGACCGCAUUAUCAGCCAGUGCGGCCGUUUGAUCGCUGGGGGCUCGCUCUCUUCCACCCCGAUGAGCACGCCCUGCAGCUCGGUGCCGCCGUCGCCCAGCUUCUCGGCGCCCAGCCCGGGCUCGGGCGGCAGCGACCAGAAGACGCACUUGGAAGACUACUACUGGAUGACCGGCUACCCGCAGCAGCUCAACCCAGAGGCGCUGGGCUUCAGCCCGGAAGACGCCGUGGAGGCGCUCAUCAACAACAGCCACCACCAGCUCCAGAGCGCGCCGGGCUUCGAUGGCUAUGCUAGAGGGCAGCAGCUGGCCGCGGCCGCCGCCGCAGCAGCAGCAGCCGGCGGCAGCGCCGGCCCGGGGGGAUCCAUGCAGCCCGACGACAUGGGCUCGGCGGCCGCCGUGGUGUCAGCGGUGAUCGCGGCGGCUCAGCAGCAGCAGCAGCAGCAGAACGGCGGCGGCGCGCCCCAUUACCACCACCACCACCACCCGGCCGGGGGCCACCACCACCAUCACCACCACCAGCAGCCGGGCAGCGUGCAGUCCUCGGGCAGCAGCAGCAGCAGCAGUAGCAGCAGCAGCAGCAGCGCCGGCGGAGGCAGCGGAGGGGGCGGCGGGGGUCUCCACCACCCUCACCACGGCGGCGGCGGCAGCUUGCAUUUCGACGACCGCUUCUCGGACGAGCAGCUGGUGACCAUGUCGGUGAGGGAACUCAACCGGCAGCUGCGCGGCGUCAGCAAGGAAGAGGUAAUCCGGCUGAAGCAGAAGCGGCGGACCCUCAAGAACCGAGGCUACGCGCAGUCCUGCCGCUUCAAGAGGGUCCAGCAGCGGCACGUCUUGGAGUCCGAGAAGAACCAGCUCCUGCAGCAAGUGGAGCAUCUCAAGCAGGAAAUCUCCAGGCUGGUCCGGGAGAGGGACGCCUACAAGGAAAAAUACGAGAAAUUGGUCAGCAAUGGGUUCAGAGAAAACGGCUCCAGCAGCGACAACCCAUCCUCUCCAGAGUUUUUCAUGUAUCCAAGAGAAUCUUCUACAUCAGUGAUGUGAGAAUUCCUGUUACCUGGAGUCUGACAAGAAAACCUGAUGCUGGGUUGCAGAUGGCUUACAACAAUUUCUGGCAUGAAGAUAAGCUACAAAGCACAAAAAAGAAGAAAAAUUUAAAAAAUCCCCACAGACAAAUGAACUCGGAACGAAACAAGAACAAAAAUGGCAUUUUCAUGGCAUUGAAGAGUUCUUUAUUUUUCCUCAAGUUUUCUUUUCUUAAAAAAAAAAAGCAAAAGGAACUAAAGACAUUCACAGGAACCAGACUU